AGGUCAUUCAUUGCAUUUUUAUGCAUUUUCUAACUGAUACUGUCUGCUUUUUGAUCAAUAUUUGAUUCUAAGUCUAAUGUUUGCUGUUAUUGUGAUGUGCAUCACUAAAAAGAAGCUUCGCCAAGAUACGUAGCGAUGGCAGAUCAAUUUUGUUUACGCUGGAAUAACUUCCAGACGAACAUAGUAAGCGCUUUGGAUUCUUUGAAAUGUUCGGAGGAUCUUGUAGACGUUACACUUACUUGCGAAGGGAGAAACAUCAAGGCCCAUAAAGUAAUACUCUCAGCGUGCAGCCCGUACUUCAGGAAUGUGUUCAAGGAAAACCCAUGUCAGCAUCCGGUUAUAAUCCUGAAGGAUGUAUCUGCUGAUGACAUUGUCAGUUUGCUGUCCUACAUGUACCAGGGUGAAGUGUUUAUAGAAGAGAGUAAGCUGUCUUCAUUUCUUCACACAGCUGCUUUGCUACAGGUUAAAGGCCUCACUGGAGUUACUCAGCAGAACCAAAAAGAAAGUUUCUCAUCACCAAACACUUCCAAUAAACUGUACACACAAUUGACAAUAUCACCCAAGUCUCAAAUUGGUGCUGUUCACAAGGAAAGUAAACCACCAGCAUUGAAAAAGAGAAGGUGCAGCACUUCUGACAAACCUAGUGAUGUAACAAUUGGUGAAACACACAAGAAAAGCAAACUUUUAGAUACUUGUGAUAUUUAUAACAGACCAAAUGUGAACAAUGUAAUGAAAAUUGAUAAUCCUGUAUUUUUGCCUGAAAACAAUGGUGAAAAGAAAACUGAUGGCAAAGGGACACAUGUUGAACAACCUCAAAUUACUGCUAAUGGAAAAAAUUGUACACUCAAUCAGGUCUCAGCACAGGGAGAGAACAUUCCUAUAAUAAUAAAAUCUGAAAAAAUUGAUGACAUCAACUUUCCAGUGCCAAACCCCACAGCCAAUUCAGAAAACGAUGACAGUCUUCCUGAUUAUGAAAACAGUAUGUUAGCCAGGUCUUUGCUCUCAGGCAUAAACCCAUCCAAAAGUGAUGUCAGUGCCAACAAUUCAACAGCAAAAAAAGUCUCUAAUGUAUCAGAUAUUCAUUGCACUCGACCAAAAGAUGUCACCACUGAUUCUGAAACCUUAACCAAUGUCGUUUCCAAGAGUCCACCUAAAAAUGCUGUCUCAGAGGAACUGUAUGUCAAGUCAGAGAAACAUUCACCUAAAUCUGAAGUUGAGUAUGAGCCAGAAGUACUAUUAUCGGAACAACAAGACGGAACAGAUUCAGACAAUCCAUAUUCGGAACAGUCACAAGCUCUUUUGCUACUGGCAGGCUUGUCCAGCGUCCCAGUGUUAGGUGGUGCUUCUACUUCACAAGGAAUUUCUCAUCAGUCAAAUCAUGCUGCCAUCUGUGGUGAUUGCCCCCAUUGUGGCAUGAAAUAUUCUAACCAGUCAGCUUUGAAGUACCAUGUACGUUUGAUGCACUCUGAUUUGACCAAUAGGUUAUGCUGCUACCUUUGUCCUCGGUCUUUUACGAUGCGGGAGACAUUCAAGGAGCACAUGUGGACAAGUCAUGGUCAAAGAAACUAACAAAUGUGUGCCUUAUCAUUGUUCCUUUAAAGACGAAAAUUGUGAUGAGAGUGGAAUAGUAUUAAUGUGCCUUGGAAAGCAUGUCGCCUUCAUAUGUUAUAAUAUAGUUAUUGUUACCAGUUUAUAGAUUGUUACAUUGGUGUAUAGAGUGAGACCAACAAUAUUAGGACAAUUAGAUAAAUGGAUAUUGCCAAUUUGAAUGAUAGUUAUAUAUAUGUACAAAUAAUUGAAUUAUUUAUUAAGUUAUAUAAUUUUACUGCUUGUGUUUUAUUCAUGUACGAGUACUAAUUUUUAUAAUGUCUAGUUUGUUGUUUAUUCCAACACGGUUUUGA